AUGAAAAGCUUCUUGCUGCUGACCACGCUCCUUGUACCUGCGCACCUGGCUGUGGCCUGGAGCGCCAAGUACGCGGUGGAUUGUCCGGAACGCUGUGACAGUCGCGAGUGCAGGAGCAGCCUACGCUGCAAGAGGACAGUGCUGGACGACUGUGGCUGUUGCCGUGUGUGUGCUGCGGGGCUGGGAGAGACCUGCUACCGCACCGUCUCGGGCAUGGACGGUGUGAAGUGUGGCCCGGGGCUGAGGUGUCAGUUUUACAGUGAGGAGGAUGAUUUUGGUGACGAGUUUGGUAUCUGCAAAGACUGCCCCUACGGCACCUUCGGGAUGGAAUGCAAACAGACCUGUAAUUGCCAGUCGGGCAUAUGUGACAGGGUGACAGGCAAAUGCCUGAAAUUUCCUUUCUUCCAAUACUCAGUAACCAAGUCUUCCACCAGGAGAUUUCUCCCUCAUACAGAGCCCGAAAUGGCGUCUGGAGACGGCAAUGCUGUGAGAGAAGAAAUUGUGAAAGAAAAUGUUGCUCGAUCUCCUGUUAUGAAAUGGUUAAAUCCACGCUGA